AUGGAGUAUCGGUGGCUGAAUAGGGUUCUCACUGUGGAAUUAUGCAUGUCCAUCAUAGCCUUUCAUCUCGUGCAUUUCACCGGAAUCGACUGGAAUGCUUACAUGCAGGAGGUGAAGGGCUUUCUGGAUGGGGAGCUCGACUACAUGAAGUUGAAGGGUGACACCGGCCCUUUGGUGUACCCCGGCGGUUUCGUAUGGUCCCAUUCCGCACUUUAUUUCAUGACGAAAGGUGGUGUUGAUGUCGAGAUGGCACAGUGGCUGUACUUGGGGAUCUAUGUGAUGGUGCUGGUGUUAGUUGCACAUUUGUACUACAACUCGGGGCUUCGUGGGAGGUUGUUCAUUCGUCUCCUCCUUUCCAAGCGAAUCCGGUCACUCUUCAUGUUCCGGCUCUUCAACGAUUGUUGGGCCAUGUUUCUGGUCUACUUGUCGGUUAUCUGUUUCGCCAGGGGGCGGCGAUGGACUGUUGGAUGUUUGUUGUACAGUAUGGCCGUGUCAGUAAAAAUGAACAUUUUUCUCUUUGCUCCUGGUCUUCUACUGAUUCUGUGCAAAUCACUUCCUUUUACCGGGGUGGUCAGAUGUCUCGCAGUGUGUGCAUUGUGGCAAGUAGUUGCGGGGCUGCCCUUUCUUCUCCACAAUCCACGGUCAUAUAUUGUACGGUCGUUUGACCUUGGUCGUGUAUUCACGUAUCGAUGGACUGUCAAUUUCAAGCGCAUCUCGGAAGAGAUAUUUUUUUCGUCCAAGUUUAGCAGGAGUUUGUUGGUGAUGCUAGCUGUCAGCUGGUUGUUAGUGUGUUUCCGGCGUUGGUCCAAGCGUGCUUACCGGCGUGGCCGGUGUGAGAAGCGAGAGGGGACUGUGGUACUUGUGGGUGCGUCAGAUGAAGAGGUCUUUCACAAUGUCACCUUAACCCUGAUGGAGUCUAAUAUGAUCGGCGUUAUCUUCGCUCGUUCAUUACACUAUCAGUUUUUUCUGUGGUUUUUCUACUUCGUACCGUUUGUCCUCUCUGCCACACGACUACCGCUGGUGGUGAAAGUGGUUGCCUUUUUAGCAAUCCAAUACGGAUUCGAGGUGUACCCGAGCACAACCGCGUCAUCCAGUGUUCUUCUGAGUGGCUUUUUGUGUGUGUGGCUGGGCAUGCUCCUUUUUCCCUCUGAAUAUAGCGAGACUACUGGAAAAGAGACGACGAUAACCCUUACAGCUGUGAAAAGGGGAAAGUAG